UUGCAAUUAUCACAUGACAUGUUGAAGUGUGAACUAGCGUCAAAAUUCAAGCCAACCUUCUACUUGGAAUGUUAUAGUCUGCCAAAAAUCUUACAUUUCCACACUUCUCUUACUACAACCCAAAAACCUCUCCUAAGCCCCUCACCGGCCACAGGAAUGUCUGACGGGAAAUAUUUCCGGCAAUGUCAUUUUUUGGUGAUUUUCUUUCUUUUUAUUUUUCUCAUACAAGUUUGUCCAGCCAAAUCAGAUGAACGUCAAAUUCUUCUAAAUUUGAAAUCUGCUUUCAAGAAUUCAAGAACAGAUGUGUUCAAUUCAUGGACACAAGAAAAUCCUGUCUGUAACUUUACUGGAAUCAUUUGCAAUAACAAUGGAUUUGUCAAAGAAAUCAAUCUUUCUCGACAACAACUUGUCGGUGUUGUUCCUUUCGAUUCAAUUUGCUCUUUGCAAUCUUUGGAAAUAAUUUCAAUGGGGUCAAAUUUCUUGCACGGAAGCAUUACUGAAGAUUUAAAAAAUUGCAGAAGCUUGCAAGUCUUACACUUGGGAGGGAAUUCAUUUUCUGGGGAAGUGCCUGAUUUGUCUACUUUAGUUGAAUUGAGGAUUUUGAGUUUGAAUAAUAGUGGAUUUUCUGGUUCUUUUCCAUGGAAAUCACUAGAAAAUCUUACCAGUCUUGAAUUUUUAAGCUUGGGUGAUAAUCCAUUUGAUGCUACAAGUUCUUUUCCUGUUGAGGUACUAAAGCUUGAAAAGUUAUAUUGGCUUUACCUUACUAAUUGUAGCAUCAGAGGGCAAAUUCCAGAGGGAAUUUCAAGUCUCUCUUUGCUUCAAAACCUUGAACUUUCUGAUAACCAGUUGUUUGGAGUAAUUCCUGAAGGAAUCGGAAAGCUUUCCAAGCUUAUACAGCUUGAGAUUUAUAAUAAUUCCUUGACUGGAAAACUUCCUGUAGGAAUUGGAAAUAUCACAAGCCUAGUGAAUUUUGAUUGUUCACAUAAUAGGCUUGAAGGUGAAAUUGGGGAAUUGAAAUCCUUGAAAAAUCUUGCUUCUUUACAUCUCUUUGAAAAUCAAUUCUCUGGUGAGAUUCCUGAGGAAUUUGGUGACUUUAGGUACCUUGAAGAGUUCUCUAUUUACACUAACAAGUUUAGAGGUUCAGUGCCUCAAAAGUUAGGCUCUUGGGCAGACUUCCUAUACAUUGAUGUUUCAGAGAAUUUCUUGACAGGUCCAAUACCUCCUGAUAUGUGCAAAAAUGGGAAAAUGACCGAUCUCCUUAUUCUGCAGAAUAAGUUCACAGGCCAAGUACCUGAAAGCUAUGCAAAUUGUAAGUCUUUGACUCGUUUACGUGUAAAUAACAAUUCACUUUCAGGUACUGUCCCUCCAAGAAUAUGGGGCUUGCAAAAUCUUAUUAUCAUUGAUUUGAGUAUGAACCAAUUUGAAGGUCCUGUCACAGCUGAUAUUGGUAAUGCACAUUCGUUAGGAUUACUAAUUUUAUCUAAUAAUCGGUUUUCUGGUGAGUUACCUGCUGCAAUUUCUGAUGCUUCUUCAUUAGCGUCAAUUCAGUUGAGUUCAAAUCAAUUUCUUGGAAAAAUCCCAGAAGGUAUUGGUGGAUUAAAGGGACUAAACAGUCUUUAUUUGGAUGGAAACCUUUUUUCUGGUACCAUACCAAAUUCAUUAGGCACAUGUGUCUCUCUUACUGUUAUAAACCUUUCUGGGAAUUCAUUUUCUGGAGAAAUCCCUCAAAGUCUUGGAUAUUUGCCUACUUUGAAUUCCUUGAAUUUGUCCAGUAAUAAACUUUCUGGUCAAAUUCCAGAGAGUUUAUCAUCUGUAAGGCUUAGCAAUCUUGACCUGUCUAAUAAUCAGUUGAUUGGUCCAAUACCUGCAUCUUUAUCACUUGAGGUCUUUCGUGAAGGCUUUAGUGGGAAUCCAGGCUUAUGUAGCAACUAUUUGAGGAAUAUCCAACCUUGUUCAUCAACUGCUAGAAGUUCUGGUCACCUUCGAGUGCUUUUAUCUUGUUUUGCAGCUGGUCUGCUAGUUGUGGUAAUUUCUGCUGUUUAUUUAUUGUUCUUGAAGCAAAGACCAAACAAUCUUGAUCAUCCACUAAAGCGUGGUUCUUGGGAUAUGAAAUCAUUUAGAAUACUAAGUUUUAGUGAAAAGGACAUUAUUGAUGCUAUCAAAUCAGAGAAUUUGAUUGGGAAAGGAGGAUCAGGAAAUGUGUAUAAAGUUGUGCUUGAUGAUGGAAAUGAACUGGCUGUGAAACAUAUUUGGAUGUUGAAUUCAAGCGACCGAAAAAGCCUGCAAAGCAGCUCAGCUAUGCUGAGUAGAAAGAAUUUCCGGUCAGCAGAAUAUGAUGCAGAAGUGGCUACAUUAAGUGCUGUAAGGCAUGUAAAUGUUGUGAAACUGUAUUGUAGUAUAACAAGUGAGGAUAGCAAUCUGCUGGUUUACGAGUAUCUACCAAAUGGAAGCUUGUGGGAUCGGUUACAUUCUUGUAACAAGAUUAAGAUGGGAUGGGAGUUGAGGUAUACAAUUGCAGUAGGGGCUGCGAAGGGAUUGGAGUAUUUGCAUCAUGGAUUUGACAGACCAGUAAUUCAUCGAGAUGUGAAGUCGAGUAACAUUUUGUUAGAUGAAGAGUGGAAGCCUAGAAUUGCUGAUUUCGGACUUGCUAAGAUUGUGCAGGCUGGUGGUGGAGGAGAUUGGAGUCAUAUCAUUGCAGGCACUCAUGGAUACAUGGCUCCUGAAUAUGCAUACACUUGCAAGGUAAAUGAGAAAAGUGAUGUGUAUAGUUUUGGAGUAGUACUAAUGGAGUUGGUCACAGGAAGAAGGCCAGUUGAACCAGAAUUUGGAGAGUAUAAAGAUAUAGUGUAUUGGGUUUGCAGCAAAAUGAGUAGCAAAGAGAGUGCACUGGAUAUGAUUGACUCAAACAUAUCAGAGAACCUAAAAGAGGAUGCCAUUAAAGUUCUGCGGAUCGCUAUUCAUUGCACAGCAAAGAUCCCAGCUUUAAGACCAUCAAUGAGAAUGGUAGUUCAAAUGCUGGAAGAAGCUGAACCUCAUAAACUUACUGAUAUUACUGUCAUCAAGAAAGAAGCUGGCAAUAGUCAAGAUGAGAAUAUGAAAGCUUGUAACACAUUUGAUAUGAGCACUUGAAAGCUUAUUAACCUUAAUUUUUACUAUGGAAAAGGUCCUUAAGCAACAGAUUAAGAACAAGAGGAUGUAUCAUUUAGAUCUUAGAUUGUAAGUGAUAUAAUAAUGAAUUUUUGCCUUGUAAGUAAUAUAAUUUCUCAUAUAAGGCAUUUUAAGGAAAAAACUUUCAUUGGAGAGAACUUUAA